AUGUUAGUGACAAUGGAAGGAAUUGCACAACGAUUGUUUUUUACUCUAAGUAAAAAUACUUACACUUCCGACAUGGAAAGUGAUGAGGAAGACGCUACCCUCAGUGAUGUUUCUUAUACUUCCGACAUGGAAACUGAUGAUGAAGGCGCUAUCCUCAGUAAUGUUUCUGAUGAGGAAAUAGAUGGAGAUGACGAAGACGCCAUCGCCAUCGACGAUGACCAAUAG